AAAAUAGUGCGCCUCCAACAGGAAAACAACGCCAUCAUGAAUUGGCGCAAGCGCAAUGGUCACCCGGUGCUACACAAACAUCGCUGCUUCCCUGUAAUCCUUGUGGUGGUUUAAAACUCGUCAGUCAAGUCCGCGGGGUCCGCAUUCCAGUGUUCUAGUGGACGCUGAGAGUGUUGUUUUGCAGUGAGUUUUAUGGAUGAAGCGAGUGUAUCACAAAACGGGGAUGAAAAUGGAGUAAUUUACCGGAGCAAGGUGCAUCCGACGCCAGGCGUUUUUCGCCGGUUUUCCGGAAUAAAUAUAUCAAACGAGAGUUGAAAUUUUUUUUGACCUAUUAGCAAGACGCUAUUCACUGGAAGAAAAAAAAGGAAUGUGUCAAGAUGCGACCUGUGCCUUCCCUUUCCGGCUUCAUCACAGUCUUCCUCUUUGUUCUAGGAUGCUACGCUUCUGGACAAAAGCAGGAAUUAGGAAUGACAUUUAUUCGACAUCCUCAACCAUUCAUUGCUCCUCUUGGCGAUGAUGUAUUUCUUGAGUGCAAUCUUAAUCUAGCACCAGAGAAAUUUGUAUGGCGUCACAGGCCAUUAGGUUCUAAUAAAUGGGAGCCAUUUAAUCAGGCUGCUAACAGCAGUGGUAAAGCUUCUAUACUUACUGUGAAUUUUGAUAAUGAAUCAAAAGCAGGUGAUUACCGAUGUAUCGCCUUUUACGGAACGAGUGGUUUGGCAUCCGAUCCAGCUCGUUUGACACUGGCAACGAUGGAAAAGUUCUCUGAUAAAAGUGAUGUUGAAAUAAAAGUACCUGUUGGUAAUACUGUGCCAAUAACCUGUCCGAUCUCGUAUUCCGCUCCCGAGCCAGAUAUUCUAUUUUUUAAGGACAAUAGACCAGUUAAAAGUGCCACAUUAACAGGUGGCAAAACAUUAAUAAUUGAAAAUGCCCGUCCAUCUGAUUCUGGGAAAUAUCAUUGUACAGCAAAUAAUUAUUUAACAAGUCAAAUGUAUCUCAGCAAUCAUAAUACGAUUCUCACUGUUGAAUCAACACAAAAAUUGCAGAGUCCUUAUUUCAUCAAACAACCACAGACUGAAUAUAAAGUAUUGCGAGGAAAAAAUGUGACGUUAGAAUGUUUUGGAGCCGGUUAUCCAGUGCCUUAUAUGAAAUGGUCAAAAUUAGGAAAACCAUUGCCUUCACGUUCUUCUUCAUCGGCAAUGGGAUUGACAAUUGUCAAUGUUCAACCGUCCGAUCAAGGUGAAUACGAUUGUGCCUGGAAUAAUGUAAGAUAUCCAUUAAAAUUAGUGAUUAUUUUAAUUGUCGUUGAACCGCCAAGGGUAAUAAAAUCACCGAAAGGUUUGACUUUCGCUGAAGGCGGUGAACUUGAAUUAUCGUGCUCCGUUUCUGGACAACCAGAACCAUCAAUUGAAUGGUUAAUUAAUGGUGAAACUCUCACACCUAAUAAUAAUGUCGAAAUAAGAGGCGCAACACUCUCGAUUUCAUCGGUGGAAAAGAAACACGCUGGCAUUGUUCAAUGUGUCGCGAGCAAUGAAUAUGGAUCGCACUCGGGAUAUAAUUUUCUUCGAGUCACACCAAAGCAACACGUUGGUGGAUCCCUUGAAUCGAGACACGAAUAUGGAAUUCCAAAUUCAGCGCACAAACACACAAAAAUUGGCGGUCGAAGACGAGGAAAGGAUGGCAAACGAAAGGGACCCGAUGUUCUAGUACCGCCAGAUCAGCCGAACGUGACAAGAUUAUCAGACGUUUCAGUAAUGGUGAGAUGGUCCGUACCCGAGAACAAUGGAUUGGAAAUUCAAUUCUUCAAAGUACAAUAUCGUGAACUUGGACAGAGAAUGAAUGGCAAACAAGCUAAAUGGAUGACGGCAAUUCAAGAAAUACCGAAUCAUAUUCGUUCAUUUGAAGUUAAUGAUUUACAACCAAAUCAUACAUAUCGUUUUCGUAUUGCCGCCGUUUAUUCAAAUAAUGACAAUAAACUUAGUCCAAAUUCCGUUCGAUUUCAUUUAAAUCGAAGUACAUCAAUUAAUAGUGAUAAAAUGCCAACUCCACUUUUUACCAAUACAGAAUCAUUGAGUCCACAUCGUAUUCUUCUUAUUUGGCAAAAUCCUGAUCGUUCGGCAAAUAUUGAUGGUUUCUAUGUUAAUCAUCGUGCAUCAACGUCGGCGGGCGAUUAUAUAAAGACAACAGUUGAGGGGAAAAAUUCAACGAGAACAAUUAUUUCUCAUUUACAACCUGAUGUUACAUAUGAAUUUAAGGUUCAGAGUUUUUCGGUUGAUGCUGCUUCUGAAUUCUCCAAAAUUCUCAGAGAGAAAACAAAGAAAUUACCGGUUCCCGAUGUGCCCGUUCAACAAGUUAAAGUUGAGAAUGAACAAAAACCAGUGGAGACGCCAAGGAAUUCGAAUAUGUACGCAAUCGUUGGUGGAGUUCUUGGAGGUGCGAUUCUUCUCGGAGGACUUGCCGCCAUCACUGUCGCUUACAAGAAGCGCAAAUUUAAGCAAAGUCGCGACUCUUCACAGGAUCAAGCGAAACCAAUCACGAAUGGACGUGUGAUGAACGGUGGGAUAACUGACUCGAAGAUAAACAUAACAUCAAAUCCAUUGGCCGGUCUCGAUCCAGUUGACGAUGCGCAUCAGCCCAAGAGCGGUCAUCAGUCCUCAAUGGAAAUGGCCUCGUUUCUAAACGGUCAGAACAACAACAGCAACCUCCAUCACAAUGUGGAAACAACCGGGUCAGCAGUCAACUCGAUGCUCAAGGAAUCGGCCCUUCACCAUGGACCAGUGCCACCACUCGAUCAACACCUGUGAACGAUCAUCAUCAUCUUCAUCCUCAUCAUCAUCAUCAUCAUCUUUCCAAAACACAUCCAUUAUUUAUUCCAUGGCCAACGAGAGAAUCAGUCGAGAAAAAGGUUUUUAAGAUUAAGAUCCAAUUAAGACUUAUUUUUUCUUUCUUUCUUUUUUUUUUUUUUAAAUAGAAUUUCUCGUAUGUUCUUUUUUGUCAUACGAGAUUUUUACGGCCUACGAACUGAGAUGUAUAGAUUUUUUUUUCUUUUUUUUUUUUUUGAUACUCUUUAUUCAGUGAACUGAUAAAAAUCACAUACGUCCGUCUAUUGUUGUCACCUGUGGGAUUACCGAGAGAGUCAUUUUAUAUUUGCAAAACACACAGCUGUGUGACGAUUUUGAACCGUCACUGGUAUUUUUGCUUGAUGUAAAAACAAAGUGCGUUGGCUUGGAAUUUUUUUGUCUUCCAAUCUGUGUCGCAAAUACUAAUUUUGUUUCUUUUUUAACGAAAGAAAAUUAUAGAGUUGAACUUUUUAAUUUAUUUGUUUCUUUUUUUUUCAAAAAUCAUUUUAAGUGAUUUUUUUUAUUAGAUGUUGAGUUGUUUUUAAUCAUUUUAAUAUUAUUUAAUGUAAUAUUAAUUAUUGGUUAAUAAUUGAUUAGUGAUAGAAAAAAAAAACUAAAUUGAUUAAUUUAAUUAUUAUAUUAACCUAAUUAAUUUUUUUUUUAUAGCUUUUUGAGAAUUAUUUGUGAUUAUAUUUUAAAUUUUUGACAAGAAACCAAAUUAAAUUUUUUUCACUAAAAAGAAAAAAUGAAUAGUUUUAAUAAUAAUUAUUAAUAUGUAACAUUUUAACAAUCGUGUUCGGGAUUUUUAUGUGUGUUUAAAAAGUUUAAAAUAACUUCGGUAUUCCCACAAGCUUAUGAGACAAUGUUUUAAGACUUUAAAAAUGGGAAUUCAAAGAAUUAUUCAGAGUCACAUUUACUCAUCAUCAAAUUAUUCGCGACUCAAAUGAAAAAUAUUUGAAAAACUUUAAGAUGAAAGUUUAAAUAUGUUAUUUAACUUAGAAAUAUAUUUUUUAGAUAAAUUUUUUAAAACAUUUGUAGCGAUAUGAAAUUUUUUAAAUUCCCAUUGAAAUAAUAUAUUUAUAUAAUACGUAUAUAUAUAGAUAUAUAUAAGCGAAGAUUUCUUCGUAGCUCAAUAAAAAGAUAUUGCGUUUUUAAUCCUUAAAAGUUGAACUCGAAAUCACGUCAUUAAUCGUUCAAACGGAAUUUUAAUGAGACUCACUCUUUAAAUGAAUAAAGUGCCUUGACUGACAAAAUUUUUAACAGGUUUAAAAAUUUUGUUACUAUUUAUAUUGUAAAAUAUAUAUAUUUAAGAAUUAUUAAAUUAAAUCAAUUUAAUUAUUUAAAAAUUAAUUAAUUUUGAAAAUUGAAUUUAAAAAAUUCAAAAUUCAAUUUAAAAUAAGUGAAGGUAGAAAAUUGAAUUUUCGAUAUUUCAAAUUUAAUUUGAAAAAAACAAUUCAUUUUGAAAACUGAAAAUUGUCAAAAAAUUUUUAAAAUCGCAAUAUCUGAACAGUAUCAAUUUUUUUAUUAUUAUAAAAUCGAAUGUAAACUUACACGUCAUGCAGGCAGCUUUUUUAUUCUGAAUCAUAACGGUUGUUUAGAGUUUUUUCUUUUUUUCUUUUUAUUGCUUUGUACAUAAUUGAAGCUCUAGUUACGUAAAAAAAAAAAAAUACUGGAAAUACGAUUCAUGAAAUUAUUUUUAGAAAUGAGAAAAUUACUGCAACCAUAACGAGCAACAAUUAAAUAUAUAAAAAUAAUACACCCUAACGAACAAUAAAUUAGAUAAUAUUUUUUUUUAACUUUAGUUUACAAUAUUCUUUCUAACGUAAAAAUUCAUUCUUUUUUUUACAUUAUAAAACGCUUAUUAUAACUAGAAUCCAGAGAUCCAGCCACUUAUGCUAACAGUAUUGUGUUCUUUUUUUUUUGCAAGAAAGAGACUAUUAAUUACUUUUAUAGGAUCUCUUAGAACUGACCCGCGUACAGUAAUUAUUUAGAUUUUAUAGAAAAGAAGAAAACUAGGCAAUAAUAUUUAAUUAAUAUUGAACAGUGAGAAUCGAAUUUUUUCUUGUGCGUGUGAUGAUUUGAGAAAAAGUGAAUCGAGACAAGAGAGAAAGAAACGAAUGAAAGGCAAAAUAAACGAAUGUUUAUAAAGAGAGGUAAACAAAAUUUUUAUCUAUUAAAACAAAAUUUUUUAUUGUGAAAAUUGUAAAUAAGUACUUAUAAAAUUAAUUAAGUAUAUAACGUUCUUCCCCUCUUUGUAGGACAACACGGUUGCAAUAUAACAGAAAUACAUUAUUAUAUACAUAGAGAUAUUUUUAAUUAAGGGAAAAAAAAAAGUUUUUGAAAAUUUUUGAAACGAUUUUUUUUUGGAAUUGUGCUGUCUGCAACCGUAAGUUCAAAGUGAUUUUUAAUAUGUGAAUGAGAGAAAAUGAAUUUUUGUAAAUAGUAGAAUUAAUUUUUAACUUUAGAGCAAUGAUUGUGCCUUACAUCUUGCCUUGGAUCAUAAUAUUAACAGUAAUUAUUAUUUAUAUGAUCUGUCUCGUGUACUUAAUAUUUUUUCGAUAAUAAAAUAAUUAGAACAUAAA